UUUGAAUAUUACAAAACCUCAUCCGAUAACUGUUAUAAUUUUACAUUGUGUCUUUUUCGAUGCGGUACAAGAUUCACAUGAAUCAAAUCAAAUUUGCUUCUGGGAAAUGCUAUGCAUGAUGAUAAAUUUGACGAAUCUUAUAUAAUAGAUUCUGGUUCAGAUGGUUUGGCCGUGGCAGCAUAUCCAAGUUCUUCCAUACAAGAUCAUCCUAGUCCUAGAGGAGGCAGUGCAGGUGAUGAUAGUGAUGAACGUAAUGAUGAUGUUUUAAUGACAAAGAAGAGAAAAGAAAAGAAAAGAGAAAAGUCAUCUGACAUUGAUCUUGACAGCACUAGGGGUGCAGAUGCCGUACAUAUUGAGGUAAGCUCUCUGGGAUUGCUUUGUAGUUGCAGACGAAAUUUGCCCCUCGAUUUCUGACAAGAUCCCAGGGUUGUAAAUUGUAAUGGUUACAAAUGUAAGGAAAGGGGUGUCAACAAGCAUAUACAGGGUGUAUAAAAAAAAACUGAACAGAUUUGAAAUUGCUCUCAAUUUCGCAAAACACCUAUAUUUGUAUCCGGUUUUUUAUAUAUAUAGCUUCUUUGGGUACUUAUAAUGUAGAAUAAUGAAAAAAAUUUCUUGAACUCAAUUUUUGUGAACCAGGGGGGGGGUGUCUUUUCCAACAAACUAAAAAUGGCUCGCGCACAAAAUUUAAAAGUUGUAAUCAUAUUUUGAGUUAAUAGAUGGAAACUUUGUUGGGUUUUUAAUUACUGUACAAAAUUUCAGAAAAUUAGGCUUAGUCUAAGCCCUUUAACUAUUCACGCAAAGUUACAUUUUUCCUAAAAAUCAGCUAUUUGCAUGCUUAAUUAAUGCCUUUGCCUAAUUUGCAUAUGUUUAGCAAUAUGCAAAUGAGGUAAAUGCAUUAAUUAAGCAUGCGAAAGGCUGAUUUUUUAGAAUAAAAUGAAUAGUUAAAGGGCUUAAACUCAACCAAAUUGUCUGAAAUUUUGUACAGUAAUUAAAAACGCGACAAAGUUUCCAUCUAUUAACUCAAAAUAUGAUUACAACUUUUAAAUUUUGUGCGCGAGCCAUUUUUAGUUUGUUGGAAAAGACACACCCCCCUGGUUCACAAAAUUCGAGUUUCAGAAAUUUUUUUCAUUAUUCUACAUUAUAAGUAGCCAAAGAAGCUAUAUAUAUAAAAAAACGGAUACAAAUAGGUGUUUUGCGAAAUUGAGAGCAAUUUCAAAUCUGUUCAGUUUUUUUUUAUACACCCUGUAGAGGUGUAGUAUUAGGGCCCAUCAAGAGACAGUUGUGGGCCCUCGAUUCUGUUAGAAACUAUGAAAAAUGAAAAUUACUAAAUUACUAUUACAGGGUAUUGUUAUUUGUUAGGGUAUUGACCUGAGUUAGGUUUGUCUAGGCUGAAUCAGGAUUAAAGAUACAAAUUAAUGUUAUCAGUGCCAUGAGUAACUUUGUUACAAGUAACUAGUUGCAUGAGUUACAUGUAAUCGUUACUUUUUUAAGUAACUGUAAUGCAUGGUAACCAGUUACUUUUUUGGGAAGGUAACUUGUUACUGUAACUAGCUAUAAAAAUUGAUAAAAAGUAGCAGUAACUACUGUUAUGUACAUUCUAGCCUCAAGAAAGCCGUCACUUUUGGCGAUAUCCAACUUUUUAAAAAGCUGUUUUAUCCCAAAUUUCCGCCACGCAGAGUUGUCGCUCAAUUUUUCACCCACGGGUUUGAAUAUUUUGCAUUAUGGAUUUAUGCCGUACGUUGCAUUGCUAGAUAGCGGAAGCGCACGGUGGCAGAUUUUCAUUGAACUGAACUGAACCACAGGUGCAACAUGUAAAAAAGGUUAAAAGGUUGUUAAAAGGCUGUUUGUUGACAAUUGACAUAACUCAAUCCAUAAAUUAUAGUCUGACUCCUGCUAUUACUUGACAGCCCCUGCUAUUAUAAUAUGAUAUCGCAACUUUGUGACAAGUUACAACAUUUUUUAAGUAACUUUGUAAGUGUUAGUUAACUUUGUAACUACUUUUAUUCCAUUGUAAGUUUGUAGCUUGUAUCGCUUACUUUUCUGAUGACGUAACUGAAACUAGUUAGAAAAAUUAUGGAACUUUUACAGCACUGAAAAGGAUCAUAAAAGUGGGGUACUAUAGGGGCACUUCUAUAGAAAUACUGACCUGUUUCUACUUUAUAUGAACCAUUGUUCUCCUGCAUAAAGACAUCUUUGGGAAAGCAUUGACUGACUCUACAACUGGCCAGUUUAGGAUUAUAGAAUUGGUUAACACGAAACAGCAUAAACGAGAAAGCAGUAUUAUGUACCCCAGCUGACACAUUAGGACCAACUGUUUUUGAUUAUGUAGAUGGGUUCUGUAGCUGAGGAUGAGCAGGACGAAAAAUGUAAAGUUGAAAAUAACCAAUCGGAGGAAAAACCCCGAAUUGCCGCAGACGUGAUUUGGAGUUUGGAUGAGAUAAUAAAAUCGCAUUUAUCAAUUAAUAAAUACAACUUUUGCAAGUGCGAAAACGAGUCCUGUGAGAAUUGUCAAUUGGUAACUAUUUGUUGAAUGUUUAACAAAUAAUAGAAAUUUGUAUUUAUUCGGUAUGCAGAGACUGUGGUGCAGGCUUCUGUUUGACAGCUAUUCUAUAACGAUUGAGACCUGUAAUUUAGUUUUUAACUAUUUUAGGUUAAAGAAAAAUUCAGAGGUUACUGUGAUAAGAGCAAUUUGAAUUGGGCCCCUGUGGUGGAAUAUCAUCGAAAAACAUGUCAAUUUUGCUGGUGCAAAAUUUGUACCAGGUAUAAUUAAGUCCUUAAUAUAUGCCCGGCACUGAUAGUAAAAUUAAUUAUGUACAGGAUAUAUUACUUAUUAUAACUGUAUAUGGUAAUUAUGGUUUCGUAACGAUAGUAACAAUAGUAACGAUAAAAGAGUAGUUUCCAGAAGGGUGUAUUGAUCAAUUAUGUUUAUUUUCCAAGACAUUUCUAGAACUUGUAUAUCAUGCAUUCUGAGAAACAAUUAAUUUUGACUUUAGUUUUAAUCGAACUCUCAAUAGAUUAACUGUAUCGCACCAUCUAGUUAGUUUUUGUGUUUUUAUUUAAAUUAAAGGUUGAAAGACAAAACACCUAUUGUUGUUGUUCAGCAAAAUAAACGUCUUGCAAGAAUUGUUGCUGGUUUGGAUCAAGAGGAUUCAAUAAUUUGUAGGGUAGAUAUGUUUUUUUUUUCUGUGUUGGUGUAAUGUACUCAGGUGAAUAUGAUGCUUGUGAUGUACCGUUACUCUGAAAUUCAUGAUUACUAGAUUACAUCGAUAUCGAAGGAACUAGAAUCAUGCAGUUCCGAAAUAUAACAUACUUGAACCGACCUGACCGCGUAGCUCAGUUGGCAGAGCAUUGGGCUAGUAUUCCAAAGGUUGUAGGUUCGAUUCCCACCGUGGCCAGGCAUAUUUUGCAAGCCUGCCCGGUGUGGAUAUACACUCAGAGUAACAUCACAAGCAAGAUAUAUAUAUCAUGUUGCCAUUUAAACAAUUAGUACCGUUAUAGACCCUAAUUUCCUGAAUUCGCUUCAAACGUUGACUGCAUACAUAUACAAAAAACAGCUUGAACACAACGUGAUCCGGCCGCACUAUGCCGCUAACAAACCUGCCAACUGCUCGAUUUUGUGGGGUAUCAUCCAAUUUUUGACAAAAUCUCUAGCUCACCCAAUGAAUGGUGAUGCAUGUUCACCCGAUUUUUAGUGGGUUUUUAACUGACAUUUCUGCAUGACAUUUCUAUUAAUUCUAAGUUUUUGUGGCUAUUGACUCAACACUGAUUUUUUCUCACAUUUUUUUUCGUAGUCUCUUAAAAAAUAUAUUUUUAUUAGCAGAUUUUUAAGGAUUUCUUUUCGCAUUCUCCAAUGUCCAGAUUUUCUUCAGGUAAGGGUUGGCAGGUCUGUGCUAAGUCGCAUGGAAUCUCUGCAUUAAUCCUUAUAUCAUUUUCUUGUGUGCACUUAACCAACUGAUCACGAGCAGAAUCUGUUUAACUGCAUUCUUUUGUUUUAACUAACGAAAUUUCAAAUGUUGGUAUAUUUUAGAAUGAUGUUUCGAGUGAUCUAACACAUUUCAAGGCGGGGUCAGACUUUCACUUCAAAGGCAAAACAUGCUUUGCAGAAGGAAGUUCUGGGGAAGCCUGGGAUAUUGAUAUAGAUGAAUCAGUCAAAGGCAAAUUUUCAUCAAAUUGUACAUGCUUUGUGCUGAAAAAGGUGAUCUAGUAAAAACUAAAUACAGUUCUAUAGAAACACAAAAUUUAUCUAAGAACUGAUUAUGUCACAUAAUUUUCAAACAAUGAAUUAUUGACCCAAACAUAUCCCACAAUGCACUGUGCAUUCCAGAAGUCCUCUGUAUUAAAAAUUGUGUGACGUAAGCACAACUCGCGACUUUGUCGCUCGGGUCGCGCGCUCCCUCCCCCGCGCCCUCCUUCCCCCGCGCCCUCCCUCCCCCAUGGUCGACUUGUGGCAAGUCUAGUAACACACCUAUGUGAGUGCAGAAAUGUAAACACAAAAGUUAAAAAAAAACAAUGUGAAAAUUUAUAUUUUCUGAGCACUCGCUAUACAGUGAGCUGUUAUUUUAAGGAGGCAAUUUAAGAUGAAUAAAAAUUAUUCACAGUCUAACACCAGUGACAGUUUAUUUUACUGAGUUUACUAUCGUAUUCAUCACUAUAAUUAAAUAUUUUUAGUCAAAUAGCUUCACAGAGGAUGAGAAAUAUAUAUAUGAUAAGAAAAUUGCCAAUCAUCCUAAUAUUGUGAAAACCUUCCUGGUUGUGUGCAAGAAAGAAAGGAAUUUCACACAUAGAAUAGUAAUGGAACGAUGUGGUCGUAAGUGUGCUCAGUUGUUAAUUAAUGCCUGGUUCACAUAGGCGUACCGGGCGGGGGGGCGGUAGCCCCCCCAGUUUUUUGGGCAGUCGGGCAAUAUUCGAUUAACAGUCGGGCAAUUUUGGUUUGUUAUAAAAAUAAAUCGGACAAAUUCUGUCAAUUUUUUCAAAAAUUUAGUCAAUUUUGUGGCCAAUGUAGUGUUUUUUUGAAAAUUUAUGUGAUGCUCCGAAAAAUUUUGGUAUGUCUGGAAAAUUUUUUUACCUCUUAAAUGGUACACUGACUGAAAUUUCCGCCCCCCUAAUUUUUUCCUUCCGGUACGCCCAUGAUUGGGGAUUGCCAUUAUCUGUGGUCAUUGGUGUGUAAAAUGCUUUGUCUAUCGUAAAAGAAUACAAUAGAUCGCCGAUGAGUUACGACCAGCGUGAACCAGGCUUCACUAUGGAUAAAAUCAGACAAAAGUUCCAUGGAAAUUUUAGAUGGGGUGAGCAGUUGCGUUUCAGAGCGGGCCAGAUGCAAAUAUAACCGGUCAGCUCUGAAAGGCUCUCCUCAGCCAAUCAGAUUGCUUCAUUGUCACCGAUAAAAAAUAAUUAAUGGAAUACCGCGACUUUCCUUGUCCUGUACAUCAUGAGUGGUCGUACAUGUUUUCUUCAAAGCCUUCACUGCGCGCUUUUCUUCAAACUUUUUUCUCAUAUGUUCUUAAAAUCUUGGUUAUUACACUCCUGACAAUCUACAUUUCUUAGAUCAGUCGGAGGUGUCCCAUAGGCCCAUAACACCCAUCAACCGUAGUGACGUGCCCGCAAUAAUGAUGGACUUUUCACCUUGUCGAUCCGGGAUAAAUGUCAAUGCCUAUAUAUUCUUUAUGUCACUGGCAAUACUACUUCUAGACAAAUUCUAAAGAUUUUGCUCCUUUGAAUGUCGCAUUUUACUCUUAAAGGAAAUCUAAUUAACAGAAAAAGUAUUACAUGCAAAUGUAAGCUCAUGUCUUCUUUAUAGACAAAUCCGUGGAUGAUUAUGUUUAUAAGCGUCGUUACCAGAUGGAAAUAGAUGAAGCAAAAUUUUAUUGGCUGCAGGUUGUGGAUGCUGUUGUGCACUUGCAUUCCAAGAAUGUCAUCCAUAUGGAUAUAACACUUGCUAAUAUACUGUUCCGUGAUGACGGCCGUGUUCAACUAGCAGAUUUUGGGCGUGCUGAAAGAUUAUAUGAGGGAUGCUCAGGACGUGACUUCUCGGGUAUUGCAACACCUUAUACUGCCCCAGAGGUAAUGCAAAUGCACCGUUAAGAAAUUAUCCAAAACAGGCUCCAAGAUCUGUCUGAAUAAAUAUCUGCCCCAAUAGACCUUUCCCCUUUUGAGUGAAAUUUUGAUCUAGACAAGUCUGGACAAAAAUUUCAUCACAGCUUGAAAGAGCAUCACAAAAUUAGUAAUAUUCCGAAGUUUCGUUGCGAAAUGUUGUAAAAUGCGGAUAAUAUAGUCUUGCGAAGUUUGCCGUUUUUCAGUCAUUUUGUAUUACAAAUGGGAAAUUGGUAAUCAGUUUGAUCGUCAGAUUAUCGAUUUCCAUUUGUAAUGCAAAAUGACUGAAAAACGGCAAACUUCGCAAGGCUAUAUAUUAUCCGCAUUUUACAACAUUUCGCAACGAAACUUCGGAAUAUUACUAAUUUUGCGAUGCCCUUUCAAGCUGUGAUGAAAUUGUUGUCCAGACUUGUCUAGAUCAAAAUUUCACUCGUAAGGUGAAAGGUCUAUUGAACGGGCCAUGUGCCAGUAAACCGACUGAGUCUUGUGAGAGCCUUGUGACCCUGAGCCCAUCAGAGAGACAUUAUGAUUAACUUGAUAUUUUUUACACAGUUUGAUUAUAGAAGUGUCAUUCUACCAUUGGUAGUUGUUUAUUUAACUUUAUUCUUACCUUCUAUUUGCCCAGGUCUUGGAUGAGAAAGUCUACGGCCGACCUGCAGAUAUCUACAGUUUAGGAAUGUCGUUUUUGCAGAUGCUAGGAUAUGCAUUAUCAGUAUGUUUCUUGAAGUUAUGUUAUUCUUUGCAUGGACAAGGCUUACAAAAAUUCUAAAAAGUUUUUGUUCUUUGAGAAUUGAUAUGUUCCUAAACAUGUUACUCACGAUUUACUCUGUUGUAAUUUAGGAUGUAGAUGAAUUGAAACGUCGUGAUAAAGACAUGGGUGAACUUAUUGAGAGCUGCUUGGAUGUAAGUAGUAUACAAAAUGUUGUUGGUAUAGCUGGCAGGGUUUCACUAAGUUGAACAGUGUAUAGUACAUGGUGGUUAAUUUUAUUUUUUCCUAAUAUCUUUUUGCAAUAUUUACCGUGUCUCUUUUCUAUAACAUUCUCUUUUCUAUUAUCAGACUUUGUGUGGUUUGACUAUUUUCCUGUUCUGUGACUAAAUUUUAUUUAUCAAAUAUUUUAAUAUUUAUAUUAAAAGUCGUCAAGCCUCCGAGUACAUUUUACUAAUUGUAAAUUAUCCCCCUACCCCACUGCAUGAUGGCAGAAAUUUCCUCCGUAGAUUCCUCCAUAGUGGGUUCAUGUUACAUUAGAAGAUUUUUUAGAUUUGAAUCAUUUGAUGGGUGAUAAGAAAAGUGUAAAAAUUCUGAUGUUAAAUUUCUUAUAUAGGAGUGUCCAAGCGAAAGACCGACUGCACGAGAAAUACAGAAGAAACUAGAAAUAUAGAAGAGAAGUUACCAAAGAUGAACAUUCAUAGAACACCUACUGUGAGCUUUGUAUUGUUUCAAGAAUUUGGCAAACUAUUUUCUUCUUCGCUAGCAUAGAUAUCUUAUAUACACUAGAUAGUGCAUCUAAUUAUUCUGCAGUUCAAAAAUUGAAGCCGUGAUUGCAGACUCAGGAUAUAGUUAAACCUAUUCCAAAUACAUUUUCAAACUAUUCAAAUGAUGAAAGUUGUUGCUGUUUUUUAAGCGUUUAUUAGCGAGUGGGAAACUCCAACAUGGCCGCCAUCUAUUCAAAUGGGGGUAACCGCUGGAAUAUUCUUGGCUUAAUCAAUUUUACUAAAAGAGAUGCGCUAUCUAGUGUAUAUAAGAUAUCUAUGUUCGCUAGACGUAACGCGGACGCCUUCUCUUCUCCCGCCCUCACUAAACGGCUGCUAUACGCAGGCUACGCUAGACAUAAAGUAUUUUGCUAUCCUUAUUUGUAAAUUUCAAUCGAUAGCAUAUUUUACUGUAAUGGUAAAUUAUUUGUAUAAAGUUAUACAGUUGUAUUUGGAAUGGCAGGAAAGAUAAUAAAACUGAUAAACAAACCUAAAUCCGGCUAAAGUCCAUGUAUGUGUUACCUUG